AUGGCGGACAGCGAGUACUCCCCCAAGUUCGCACCUUUCUUCUCCUUUAUGAUCUUCGGAUGUACGUACUUCUUCGUCCUACAGAUCCUAACAGGAGGACGAAAACUAACAACAACUCCAGCAAUGGGCGCCGCAUAUGGGACAGCAAAGUCUGGCAUUGGUAUCUCCGGUGUGGGAACCUUCCGGCCGGACCUCAUCAUGAAGUCCCUCAUCCCCGUCGUCAUGUCCGGUAUCAUUGCAGUCUACGGACUGGUGAUCGCAGUUCUGAUCGCCGGAGACAUGCAGCCCCCUCCGCUCCAGAAUACUAGCCUCUAUACGGGAUUCAUGCACCUCGCGUCGGGAUUGUCGGUUGGCCUCGCAGGCGUGGCCGCCGGAUACACGAUUGGAACUGUCGGGGACGCGUUUGAUCGUCGGUCUGAUCCUGAACUCGAGAAGUCACCCUUGAAUAGGGAAAAGGUGUUCGAUUUCGUAUGGUAUCCCAAUAUGUUGGCAAUUUGCUCUUUCCUGCGCAACGUCCUUUGCCCGUCCAUCUAUGCUCUAUAUAAAGACCGUGACCGCUUAGGGUGA